UAAUUGAUUAGCAAUUUUUUACGGUAAAUGUUUCACAAUAUUGAACUCCAAACUGACGCGCGUUGCCGUUUUGGCAAUUGGUAAUUAGUGUAAGCCGAUAACAUCCACACUUGGCGAGUGUUCCACGAGGCAAACGAUGAAUUUUGUAGACCCAUGGGACCCGACGUACACCAUUAGUGAAAACACUCCGCCUGCGAACGUAGCAGCUCAAGAGGACGCCAUUGAUGCCGUCGCCGUUCCGCUAGAGUUCGAAGACAACUUCAUCCCCGAGCAACCGCAGCUAAACCCGCGGGAACCGCAAGAUAAUCGUCUUCCGGACUCGGACAGCUACAUUCGCACGCUAGAAAGGCGAUUGCAUCGUUUGAAGAAUAAUCUCAGCAUCCUCCAGCAGUUGACAGAGCGUCGUAACGCCUGUAUGCAAUCGUUGCUUAACGGGGACAUAACACUGCACACGGAAGCUGUGGACGAGCUGCAAAACACACUGGUUAACGGCAACGAGCUGCUUCGAUUCUACCGUCCAGAUCAGGCCCUUACGCAGAUCGAAAUCGAACAACUCCUAGAGCACGAUCAUUUGCAGCUGCAGGCGGAGGAGAACGAAGAGUAACACGAUAGCGCCGGAGCAGAGCAAUACCUUGUCCACACCGUUAUCGCCUUCGGUAAGUUUUCGUUUUUUUUCGUGUUGCAUCCUGUAAAAAAUCCCUCCCCCCCAUUGCAUAGAGCUAUUAUCUGCAAUGGCGGCUUCUACGAUGACUACGUCGACGGCCGUCAAUCUUGAGCAGGAGGCCUACUUUCUCGUUACGGGCGCAUCCCGCGGUAUCGGCGCCAAAAUAGCCAUCGAAACGACGCGUAAGUUCAAGCCGGGCUCGGUUGUCGUUUUGCUGGCACGGUCCGCUUCGGGCCUGGAGAACACCAAAUCGGAAAUACUGGCCGUCAAUCCACACGUCACCGUCGUGACAAGCUCAGUUGACCUGGCGACGGCGUCGAAGGAGUUGCUCAACGAAAUACUGGAAAAAUCACUCGGUAAAAAACCGAUCGACCAGUUCGGGUUGGCGUGCAUCAUCCACAACGUCGGCACGAUUGGUAAUGUCGCCCGGAAAGCGGUCGAUUUGGAUGACCGCUCGGAAUGGGAGCAGUAUUUCGGCACGAACGUCUUCACGGUGGCCGUGCUGAAUAGCUGCUUUUUGCACAAGUUUGCAGCUGCCCCCAGCAAGCUGGUAGUGAACAUUACUUCGAAGGCUUGUCUGGCUCCGUUCCCGAGCAUGACGUACUACUGCGCCGGAAAGGCGGCUCGAGAGAUGUACUUCCGCGUGCUCGCUGAAGAAGAAGCCGCAGCUGGCGUGACCGUGCUGAACUACUCUCCUGGACCGGUCGAUACCGACAUGACCGUCGACAUCCAGGCCAACUCGAAUGCACCGGAAAUUCGUGGCUACUUUAAGAACCUUCGGGAUACGACGACAAUGCUUACAACCGCCCAAACGACGUCCAAAUUUUUGCAUAUUCUCCAGAACGGACUGUUCAAGUCGGGUGAUCAUGUAGAUUAUUACGAUCACGAGGCCUGAGUGGUUUGAACAAGCUCCUACAACAGCAACUGUUCGGGGUCAACAGGCGCACCAUUCCGCAGAGAUUUCCUCCCAUGCGUCGCCAUUCGGAAUCGGAGCAAGAUGCUGGUAAAUUCAGCAUUCGGCCGCAGCUUCCUCUUCCUGACUAAUCUCGCCUGGAAGGUCCGGGUCGCGCUGCCGGCGCUGAUCAUGGCCGGA